AUGUACAAAGUCUUGUCAAGCCUACCCGGUCUAAGCAUUGCGGGAUCAAUCAUAUCUGGUCUAUUAGUGGCACCUAUGACAAAUACUCCUUUUCUAUCAUUCAAACCAUCUAAUUCUGUCAAUAAAGUAUUAACGACUCUAGAGCUCGACUCUGACAUUGAAGUAUCUCUCCUUGGGACCAACGCAUCCAACUCAUCAAAGAAAAUAAUACACGGCGUAGAGGCUCGAGCUCUUUGGAAAACUUGUCGCACAGCCUUUUCAGACUCCCCGACAUACUUGUUCAAUAAUUCUGGUCCUUUUAUAGAAAUAAAGUUUGCGCGGGAUUCGUUAGCAACAGCUUUAGCUAAUAGCGUUUUACCACAACCUGGAGGUCCCCACAUCAAAACACCAGCUGGAGCAGCAAUACCAACCUUCAAAUACAACUCAGGCUUUUUGAUUGGCUGCACUAUACACAUAUGCAAUUCCAUUCUGAUCUUGAAUAAAGCGCCCACGUUUUGCCAUGUGACAUCUGGAAUAGUUGCGAAUCCCUCUCUCUUGGCACUGGGCUGGACACUGGGAAGUGCAUUUACAAAAUCUUGA